GCGCAGGGCGUGCAGCAGAUCUCCGAUCCUCCUCCUCCUCGGAGCGGAUUACGGCUCCAGCUCUGCGUCUCCUGCUGCAGCAGCACCAGCUGAUCCGGGGACACAAAGGCGGCCAGAAGCUCUCAGCGCCAUGGACUUCAACGUGAAGAAGCUGGCGUCAGACGCGGGGAUGUUCUUCACCAGGGCCGUGCAGUUCACAGAGGAGAAGCUGGGCCAAGCCGAGAAGACCGAGCUGGACCCUCACUUGGAGAACCUGCUGUCCAAAGCGGACUCCACUAAGAACUGGACUGAGAAGAUCAUGAGACAAACGGAGGUUCUCCUGCAGCCCAACCCAAUCGAUCACACAGGCGCUCGCAUCGAGGAGUUCAUCUACGACAAGCUGGACAAAAAGCUUCCCUCCAGAACCACCAACGCUGAGCUGCUGGGUCAGCACAUGCUGGACGCUGCCAAAGAGUUUGGAGCAGACACUCCCUACGGCAGCACCCUGAUCACCGUGGGAGAGUACCAGAGGAAGCUGGGAGGAGCCGAGCGGGAGUUCCUCCACACCUCAGCCGUGACCUUCCUCUCUCCUCUACGCAACUUCCUGGAGGGAGACUGGAGAACCAUCUCAAAAGAGAGGCGGCUUCUGGAGAACCGGCGCUUGGAUCUGGACAUCUGUAAGGCCCGUGUGAAAAAGGCCAAGCAGGCUGAAGCCAAAGCAGCGGCUACGCCAGAUUUUCAGGAGACGAGGCCCAGGAAUUACGUGCUGUCAGCCAGCGCAUCCGCGCUGCUGAGCGAGGAAGUGGACAAAGCGGAGCACGAGCUGCGAGUCGCCCAGACGGAGUUUGACCGACAGGCUGAAGUCACCCGGCUGCUGCUGGAAGGAAUUAGCAGCACACAUCUCAACCACCUGAGAUGUCUGCAGGACUUCGCGGAGGCCCAGGCCACCUACUACGCUCAGUGUCAUCACUACAUGCAGGACCUGCAGAGGGAGCUGAACAGAUGUGCCAACUCAGCCCCCCAGUCUGCGGCCGGCUGCCCUGAUCCCGUCUCCUCGGCCUUCCCGUCUGGACGCUUGUCUCCAGGAGCGUCUGGUUCCAGGAAGGCCAAGGUUCUGUAUGACUACGACGCUCAUGAUGCCAGCGAACUGUCUCUGCUGGCUGACGAGGUCAUCACUGUGUACACGGUACCAGGAAUGGACCCUGACUGGCUGGUUGGAGAACGGGGGAACGAGAAAGGCAAAGUACCUGUGACCUACCUUGAACUGCUGAGCUAAUGGACCAUUCAACACAGUCACUGAUUAAAACCCUGCUUGUUCUGGCACAUUCACCUACACUCACUGUCAGCUUCAGUUUGGACCUUCUACCAGUUUAUUGUCCCGUCUGUAACCACUGCGAGUUUCUGAGAUUUAUAAUGAAUAGUCUUUCUUUAAUACAGCGGUUAUUUCUAUAACUUGAACGUAUGCUAAUAGACCACAGACAAUGACCAGGAGUGUUUUCAUUCCUGGUCAUUGUCCAGCCAACGUGUGUAUGUGGGCCCCAUAUGAAUUUAAGGUCUAAUGGGUACUAAGUGGACCUGGGCUAAAAAAUUAAUUUUUUUGUAUAGGACCUGCUUAGAUUGACUAUAUAACCCAUGUCCACAAUACCAGAUGACCUUAGUUGGGUCUUUUAUUAUGUUUUUAAACAAUUGCUGAACACAUCUAUGGCCCAUAUGGGUCCCACUGUUUACCAAAACAUUUCCUCCAUCAAACCUAUAAAGGCAAUUAACAUGCCACAGUUAUGCAAGCAGUGGUCAGUACCUUAUGGGGACCAUUUUUCCUACCCAUGUGGGCCCCAUAUGUAAAUGUUGGCUAGUGGCAUUAUGGUGUGUUUGAUUUAGUCUUUGACGUUUGAGCUCAUAUGUGGGAAUGACGUCACAUUGGUGUAAAGUGGAGUAAAGUGUGCUCUAGUUGGAAAACUAGUGAGGUUUUGCUAAUUGUUUUGGCGCUAACUACUACUAGCAAUGCAGUAAGGAUAGAUUUCUCUUCAUUUUAAUGCAUUACACCACAAAAGGACCACAUUCACAGAUAGAUGUUGAACAGCUCACUUUGUUGUUUAAAGAUAAACCAUCAGAAUUACUGACAAACAUUUUACUGUCAGUAGCCUACAUAUAUGUGCAGAGAGCAUAUUGGAUACUGAACUUGGAGCGGCUCGUAGAGUUCUGAAUUUCAACUUCAGGGACAUUUCAGGUUGUUUUUUUUGUUUUUGUUUUUUUCCAUCUUGGUAAUCUACAGUUCCAACUUUUGAAUACAAAGGGAACGCAUCAGAAGAAGCUUCAUUUUCAUGGUUCUCUGAAGUCAACAUUUCUAGGUUCUGAGCGUUAAAACGUCAGUUGAAAGCCCUCCGGAAGAUGGAAAUUCAACUUGGAAGGUCAUAAUUUUUUUUUUUUUUUUUUUUUUUUUUUUUAACCAGUUCUAGCCUUAAAAUUCAACAUGGCUGCCCUAUUUCUGCAAAGUGGGCGAGAUGCAAUAAAAAAAUUGACAUUUUUAUGGGCUGAAUGUCAUAAAGUCCAUAUAAUACAGUGAAACAUCCGUUUGUAUACGCACUCCUUUAGUGUUCACUUGAAUACCUGCUGUGAAAUACUUAUCGGCUUUUAUUAGUAAUUAGCACUGGUUUACCGAGUUGUAAUGGAACAGGUUUAGUUUGGUAAUUUGGUGUAAGUUUCAGCUUCUUAGAUAAAUUGAACGAAGCUUGUGAUUAUUUUAGAGGACAUUAAACUUGCAUCAUAAAGCUAGUGAGCUUGCUAACAGUGAUGGGCACAGCUAACUAAAAGGUUAGCUUCACAAACUCAUAUUCUGCAGAAAAGAAUAUUAGUUUCACUGCCGUUAAACCAAUGAUAAAUAAGGAAUUCAGAGGAUGCUAGCGCUAGCCGCUAACCAACGGCCGUCACAUGUCUUCAGAGAAAAGAUGCAGCACGUGCACACGGGGCAUGACUGAUGUGCAAAUCGCUGCAUGUUUGAGGGGAUAGAUGUUUUAGUUAAAGAUAAAUGACUUAAAUUUAAUGUAAACUUUUACAUGGCAGUGAACUCUUUUCAGAAGAAUAUUCUAUUCCUCUUUGUCCAGGCAAGUGUGGGCAGCCAAUGUUGCCAGUUUUUGCAAGAGAAACAAGCAACCAGUUACAUUAUCGCUAUGUUGUAAACGUAAUUGAAAGUAUAAAGUCGCUGAUAAUGGGCAGAACUGGCAACACUGCUGGAAACCUGGAACACAGUGCUGAGGAGGUCCUUCAUCCCCUCUGCCAUUAGACUCUUUAACAAACGUGCAAUAAAUCACUUUUUGGAUUACUUACUGUUGUAACAUCAAUAGUAUCAUUACUAUCAUAAUGAUAGUAUCAUAUUGUUAUAUUUAAUGUGCUCUAUUUCUAAUCGAAAAGCAUAAAGAUUGAAAAACCCAGCUCCAAGUUCAGUCUUCUUCCACCUCAUGCAGUUCCAAUAACGAGCCCAGAAAGCUGUUCCACUAAUUAAAUACGACCGUCAUCAGACUUCUGUCUGUCUUUGCAUCCUGCAUGACCAGAAGAUGUCACACAUCAGCAGAUAACAGCAAUUAACUAAACGUUAGCUCUGCAAUUAUCUGUUUGCGGAUUACGUCUGUCUAAUGCUCAAGAUGCUAGCAUUUUGCUUAUUUACUGCCGUCUUACUGUUUUAUACCAGUUUUUUUCCAAUGAAUUAUCGUAGCAUAUUUUUAUUAGUCUUUGUUUCUUUGCACAAUAUAUCCACAGAGACCAAGCUAACUACUAGCAGCAUCAGCAGUAGCAGCUAGUUUAAAUCACAGGUUAAACACCAGAGUGUUUUGUCUUAUUUUAAUAAAACAUUACUGUACUUUACAGUAAUUAUUAGUUAUUUAGUGAGCACAAACUGUCCCUGUUCCUCGCGUAGCCUAAGUGAGAAAUUACUCGUAUGAUGCCGGCUCAGCUGGGCGAUCCGUUUAGCUUCAGGUACCGUAGCACAGACACCACAGCUGGUGAGAAUCACAGUGCUACUACACUCUGAAACAAACCUACUAGUGCUAAAAAUUUCCAUUUCAUCUCCUUUGCAGUUUUGAUCGUUUUUUCACCCGAUCAGUCGGAUAUAAAAUUAUACCGUUGACCGCUGAACAUUUUGGAACAGGAUUUCUGUAGUCUUAUACGGUCUUUGGUUAAACAUUUCUGUUUUAGGCCUUAGAAGUCUUAGAUUAACCCGGGUAUUAAGUUAACUUUUAACUAUUUGUUCCUUUUACUUGUCCUUCCAUUGAGUUUAUUUUUGUAAUAUAAAAACAUUAUUACACUUUAACAAAACUUAAAAAAAAAAAUCAAAAAUCUCCCUCCACAACUGGCCUGAUAUAGUUUCUUUAUGCAAUUAAAAUAGUUUUUAUUUUUAACCAGCUCAUAUAUCAUAUAUUUGGAGUCAGAAUAAUCAGAAUCUUUAAUUGCCAUGAAUGUGGUUACAAACAAGGACUUUGUCUUCAGAUUCCAUUAAACAUACAUAAUGGCUGUUUGGAGGUUUUCUGUGUCAUUGCAAAAUAAAUCGAAUAGAAUCCAAUAGAAAUCCCUUUAUUGUCCUACAAUAAAGAAAUCCUGGUGUGACAGUGGAAAAAACACAUAGACAGGAUAAACUAGAUUUACACACAUUAUUAUAUGUAGUUAAGUCUAAAAUUCACAAUUGUCUCAUACGGUCUUAAUUUAAACUUAGUGAAAUAUGCAGGAACUUAGUUUUACUGAUGAUGCAACCGUUUGUAACAGCCUUGUUUGAAUCUACCAGCAGCAGGUCUGGUUGCAUCAUGAAUAAUCUGCUCCAAACAGAGUUCAGAACCAACGUUAAACAUGCAAUACAACAUUUUUAGAAUAAAUACACGAUUGAACAAAAUUAUACUUCAGAUCGGAGCAUUUAUCGACAAUUUUGUAAUUAAUGAAAAUUCUAGACUAUAAUUAAAAUGUUACUGAUGCACAUGGAUACAGAAUGAUAGCUAAAAUAAAUGGCAGCACCUAAAUAAAGACCAGUAAGCUUUAAAA